UGACUAUUUCUAGAUUCGAGCAUACACACGUGUGUAGGAAAACUGGUGUACUUCACUGUGCGCACUUUACUGAACUUCUAUACAAGCAGGGUUGCUUUGAGGUACCAUACACCCCAUCUACUGACUUCAACCAUCCGAGUACCAGGCAUCUGCCAAAUACACAACUUUAUCUUUAAGCCUUCCUUACGCAAGCUCUUGUUCCCUAUGGCGGAUGCAGAGCCCAUGCUGCUCCCUGCCCCUGGGGGGGAGAAGAGGGCCUGCCCUGCCUCGGAGGAUGAGGUGGACCACAGCACCAAGAGACCCAGAGUCCAGAAGGAUGAGAAGAACGGAGGAGGACACUCUCACAAGCCAGUCCAGGAUGAGGCAGAAGAGCCAGAGGGGGAGGAGACAGAGCCAUUGGAAGAGGAGGAUGGAGAAGGGGCCGGGUUAGGGUCUGGAGAGGCUUUUGCAGAGAUGAUGAAGCAUGGGCUCACAGAGCUGGAUGUGGGGAUUCUGAAGUUUGUCAGUGAACACAAGGGCUUCUCUGGGAUUCUCAAGGAGAGGUACUCUGACUUUGUGGUGCAUGAGGUCAACAAAGAAGGCAAGACAGUGCGGUUGGAUGAUCUCUCGGUUCCUGAGGAGGCUGAGGAGGCCACUGUGGCAGAGCAGCCAGGGUCUGAGGUUUUCACAGAGGAGCAGAAACAAGAUCUUGAGCAGCUGCAGCUCUUCAAGAACAAAGAAGGCAAUGUGUCCAUAGAGGUGGCGGAUGAUACCAAAGAGAAGCGGACCCUGGUCCACAAAGCCGUCAAGACCCUGUACCCUGGACUGGAGACCAAGACAGAGGAGCGGGAGGGAAAGAAGUUCAUAGUGGCCUACCACGCAGCCGGGCCGAAAGCACUCGCAGCCCCCAGGAAACACUCCUGGCCUAAGAGCCGUGGGGCCUUCUGCCACUUUGUCCUUUACAAGGAGAACAAGGACACCAUGGAGGCCAUCAACGUGCUCUCCAAGUUCCUCAGGAUGAGGCCUAAUGUGUUCUCCUACAUGGGGACCAAGGACAAGAGAGCCAUCACUGUGCAGGAGAUUGCGGUUCUCAAGGUCACAGCAGAAAGACUGUCUCACCUCAACAAGUGUCUCAAUAACUUCAAGCUGGGAAACUUCUGCUACAAGAAACACCCUCUGAAACUGGGGGAACUACAGGGCAAUCACUUCACUGUGGUCAUCAGGAACAUCACCGGGACAGAUGAGCAAGUCCAGCAGGCCAUGACCUCCCUCAGAGACACAGGCUUCAUCAACUACUACGGCAUGCAGCGCUUUGGCACCACCGCCGUGCCCACACACCAGGUUGGCAAGGCCAUCCUGCAAGACAACUGGAAUGAAGUGAUAGAUCUGAUCCUGAAGCCUCGCCCUGGAGCGGAGAAAGGUUACCUGGUGAAGUGUCGUGAGGAGUGGGCCCAGUCCCAGGACCCAGAGGCAGCGCUGAAGAAGCUGCCUGUGAAACGCUGUGUGGAGGGACAGCUGCUCCGUGGCCUCUCCAUGUACGGCAAGAAGAACAUCAUCACUGCAUUCGCCAUGAUCCCUCGUAACAACCGGCUGAUGUACAUCCACAGCUACCAGAGCUUUAUGUGGAACACCAUGGUCAGCAGACGCAUUGAGGCCUUCGGACUGAAGGCUGUGGAGGGAGACCUCGUGCUCAGAGGAGGCACUGCAUUCGUGCUGUCUGCAGCCGAGGCAGAGACCCACUCUAUUCAGGACGUGGUGAUGCCCCUACCAGGGUUUGAUGUCAUUUACCCCACUCACCACGUGGGGAAGGGCUAUGGGGAGAUGCUGAGUGCAGAUAACCUGGACAUUGACAACAUGAGACACAGGGUGAGGGACUACUCUCUGGCCGGAGCCUACCGACGUAUCCUCAUCAAACCAAGUGACGUCAGCUGGGAGGUGAUUAACUAUGACGACCCUCGUAUCUCUCUGGUUCACACUGAUGUAGAGAAACUAGAGGACCAACCUCCUCCGGUCUUCAACAAAGAGGGGAAGUACAGGGCUUUGAGGAUGGAGUUCUCUCUGCCUCCCUCCACCUACGCCACCAUGGCCAUCAGAGAGGUGCUCAAGAUGGACACCAGCAUCAAGAACCAGACCCAGCUCAACACCACCUGGCUCAACUAACACAACACGAAAUGAACUGGGCUGUAUUCAGCGACAUCAAAUGUUCUGAACGUUGCAGAUAGAAAUUGAAUGAAUAGAGCUGACAUGAUUCCCCUAUUCAAUCUGACAAUAUCUGGUCUACACGAUACAUUUCUAUCUGAACGUUCUGUAUUGUUACUUCAUCCUGAAUAGGCCAUUGAACUGCAUAUAGGCCUAGACUACUGCACUGCUUUUACAGGCUGCAGUCCAGCCUGCUUCCAGUCCAUACUGUAUGUGAGAGUAACUGUAUACUGUGGGUAUGGGAGUGUUUUGGCCAUAGGUCAUUCCUCUCAAGGUGUGUGGAUGAUGGAAAUCAUCACAGCCAACCACACGACCAAGAGCAACAUCUGUUACUACUUGAUUAUUUUCUUCAUUUUUUUUUAUCAGGAGGGUUUUACUGUGUUUUAAAGCGUUCCUGCACUGGAGGAAUUCAGAGAUAUGAUUUUGAAAUGAGUGACAUGCUGCCUAAGCACUUACUGGCGACAUCUAGGAGUCUCUGAGUAACCCAUGGUGGUGUUCUGAGGUAGGACUGGAAGGAUAAACCUAAAAUGACCGAUAGGACCAUUUAUUGCAGGCAUUUUGCUGAUCUCAUUCAUUACGACAAUGGUAGUCUAUACUAGAGAAAUGAAAUAAAUGUGCUAAUAUGGGUGAUUGUUAAUGGGACAAUUGAUGGUUACAACAAUCAAACUAGUACUAGUUUAAAGGGUAAUACAAAUUAAAAAGAAGUGUUGCACAUUACUGUUAUAAACUUAAUGUUCUAUUAUCACAUCAAUUCAGGCAAUCAAUCGUGAUAUCUACUCUGAGGGACUCUGGUAGAAAGAUUUCCUCUUAAGGGCCACCACCUCGACUCGGUCACUCACGUGCCUAAAGAAGAAAAAAAAACUUGACGCCCCUGCGAUUUCCCACAGUACUAUAAUGAACUGACCCUGAUUGUAUAGAAUUACCGUUUGCUUUUUUUUAACAAGAAUGUUUAGUUUUUAUUGGAAACAGGUUAUUUUACAGCGCAAUAAUUAAAAUGCUGAGUGAGAA